UUUAAAGUACGUAAAAUUUAAGUAACGGAUACUAUAUAUAUACGCCACAUUUGUUAGAUUUUAAAAUCGUGAUAACGUAUUUAUAAAGAGCUAUGUAUAAGACAAGUAAAUUAUUAUUGGUAUAUGCAUUAGUAAAUCUAUGUUUGUGCCAACAGAGUUCAAAUGAUACCGUUGAUUACUUUAACUUGCUUCAACACGCCCAUCAAACGAAUGAAAUGGCUAGAAAAUAUUCCAGUGAAGAGAACAUGUCACCAACCGAACAUUUACAUUUGACGAGCAAGCAAGAUAAAGUGACAGCACGUGCGGAGGAAAUACUCGCGUCUGGACUGGAUGCUGAAGUCCCGUAUGACGUCAGCGGGCGGUGCCUAAACCAUACAAAGCUAUUUAUAGAAGCUUUAAUUCGACGAGAGCUAUGGGCUUUUAGAGUGAUCGACGCGAUGGGAAAACCAGAUAGUGACCUUCUAGACUUUCACACAAAAUGGGUAGGUAACUGGGAAGAAUGCCUCGCAGUUCAAGCAAUAGAGUACGAGAAUCCCGUGAACAAGACAGGACCAAGUUACCCUUACACCGGAAAAUACUGUAUUGCGUCGUUUCCGUUAGGAUCUGCAGCAGAGUUUGGGCAAAUAGCAGCCUUGAUGAUCGGCAUGUGUUAUCCCGACUCCUGUAGCUCCGCUGACGCAACAGCCUUAGCUAAAACACUGGUUAGUUUGAUUCCUGUCAAUGUGACUAUACCAGUAAGUGUGGUGUGUAGAGAAAAGUCUUUGGAGUAUUCAAGCAAAGCAAUAGUUGUUAUUGUUAUAUGUUCCCUGUUUGCAGCACUUAUUGUCAUAGCAACAGGCUACGAUAUUUUUGUACAACAGUUUCUUACAAAUAAACACUCGGGAUACAGACGUAUGAAUAAAGGAUCAGAAUAUGGCUCUAUCAAUGAAGUUAAUAAUGGACAUCUUUCAAAUGGUCACGUGACAGUCAUUACGGAAUCAACACCACUUUACACUGAUGACUUGAAAACUAGUGAUAAAGACCAUUCUCAACAGAAAAUAAAGAAGAAAGCAUCAGAUGGAAAGUAUCAACCAGGAACUUUGGGAAAGUUGCUAUUAUCAUUCUCUGUAUACUCAAAUGCUCCAAAGAUUUUUAACACCAGCCAACCUGCCGGAACAUUGACCAGUGUUAAUGGAAUACGUUUCGUCAGUAUGACAUGGGUUAUAUUAGGACACACGUAUGCCUUUGGGCUCACCUUAACUGAUAACGUCGCUACAUAUUUUCCACAACUGAUGAAGAGAUUCACAUUUCAAGCAGUGUCUAAUGCUACAGUCUCUGUUGACACGUUUUUCGUUCUGAGUGGCCUACUGGUAUCAUAUCUUUCAUUACGUGAAAUGAAGAAGAGUGGAGGAGCUCGCAGAUUUAAGUGGGGAAUGUUUUACUUUCAUAGAUUCUGGAGGCUGACACCACCAUACAUGCUACUGCUCAUGUUGUAUGUGCCAACAUUUAAAUACUGGGCGGAUGGACCAUUCUGGCCACAGACAGGAACAGAUGUCGAUGAAUGUAAAGACACGUGGUGGACAAAUUUGUUGUAUAUCAAUAACAUUGUCAGGAGUGACAAAAUGGUACACAAGCUUUCGCCGCUGUGGGGUACUAUUUCUUGCUUAUUGCUGAUCUUGGUAAACUUCAUUAGCGCGGGCAUAAUUUCCAAACAUUACGACAUAAAUGCAAACUUUUUACUUAAUCAAAAUGCGAAUGAUGCCAUGCAAGAGAUCUACAUCAAACCCUGGGCUCGGAUAGGACCAUAUGUCAUAGGGUUUUUCACGGGCUAUAUUCUAUACAUAACUGAAUGUAAAGUUAAAAUGUCAAAGUUAUUAAAUAUAAUCGGUUGGCUUGUUGCAACAGGAGUUGCUUUGAUGGUUUUGUAUGGGCUAUAUACUUCAGACGGCUCUCCGAAACUGGGUGUUGAUACAUCAGCGUUGUAUAAUGCCACAUUUAGGACGGCAUGGGGAAUGUGUGUAGCAUGGGUGAUAUUUGCAUGCGCUUCUGGAUAUGGAGGUCCUGUAAAUAAAUUGUUGUCAUGGCGAGCAAUUAUUCCAUUGAGUCGACUGACAUAUUGCGCCUACCUGGUACAUCCGCUUGUUUUAUAUACAUAUUAUUAUAGCAGACGAACGCUGAUGAGAUGGUAUGACCUGGAGCUGAUUUAUCUUUUCCUUGGUCACUUGUGUGUAUCCUAUGCAGCAGCUUUCGUUAUAUCAUUGGCUUUUGAAUCUCCAAUGAUGGGACUGGAGAAAGUUUUGUUGGGGAGGAAAAAGAACAGUUGAUAACCAUUUCAACAGAAAAACAUACAGAGUGCAAUAUUGCUGAACGUUCAAAUCAUGUGCUGACAAUUUUAUCAAGAGAAUAUUUGUAUAUUUUGUUAUAAUAUUUUGUUAUACAUUUAUCUACACUCUACAUUUUUACAUGGAUAUAUUGUAUUAAUUUCUUUAUGAACGGUAUCAGAUAAAUGGCUACUGAUAUGCAAAAAUGUUUAACCCUUACUCUGCUAAAUUUCUAUAAUGAACGUGUCCAUCUUUCAAUUUGGACAGUACCAUUAACGGUUAAUGUGCUUACCCAAAAGAUACUGACUGAAUGGCGAACAGUGCAGAUCGCGGAUGUGCAAGCUGAUUAUGAUCUACACUGGUCACAAAGGCAGAAACAUUCAUGUGAAGCAUGAAAAGGGUUAAAUGUGAUGGUAUCAUCACUCAUUACAAAUUAACUGUUUACAAGAAUGCAUUUUGACAUUUUCAUGGAAGUAUCGACGGCUUCCGAUUGCAUUUUUGUACUUCUUAUACAUUUCUCUAACUGCGAUUCAUUGAAAUAUGGUGCAUGUUUGUUUAAGA